GAAGUAUGAAUUUUUGCCCGCGACCCUGGGAGACUUCAGAAGUGGCCAUUACUGAGCUUCCAACCCUAGAGACCACGGCCUCUACUCCAGGCGGUGCCCCUGCCUCUGGGGGCCAUGGGCCGGAUCUCAGGGCUCGUGCCCUCUCGUUUCCUGACGCUUCUGGCGCAUCUGGUGGUCGUCAUCACCUUAUUCUGGUCCCGGGACAGCAACAUCCAGGCCUGCUUGCCUCUCACGUUCACCCCCGAGGAGUAUGAGAAGCAGGACAUUCAGCUGGUGGCAGCGCUCGCUGCCACCCUGGGCCUCUUUGCAGUGGAACUGGCCGGUUUCUUCUCAGGAGUUUCCAUGUUCAACAGUACCCAGAGCCUCGUCUCCAUCGGGGCUCACUGUAGUGCAUCCGUGGCCCUAUCCUUUUUCAUAUCUGAGCGUUGGGAAUGUACCAUGUACUGGUACAUAUUUGUCUUCUGCAGUGCCCUUCCAGCUGUCACUGAAAUGGCAUUAUUCAUCAGCGUCUUUGGGCUGAAAAAGAAACCUUUCUGACUACCUUCCUGGGAGCAUAGGAAGAAAGGCUGGAGGAACAAGGGACCAUUCACCGUUCCUGGAAGGAGGAAUCCCCCCCCCCAAAAAAAAAAAACACACCAAAAAACUGCAUUUGGUGGAGGAUUUUAGUGUUAGACUAAUUAACUGUAAUUAUCAGCGUUUUAUUUAGAGCUUUGUAAUGAAAUCUAUUUUAGAGUAAUAUCAAAAUUUAUAAACACUUCAGGAGAGAGUUGGGGUAGCCAAACUACUAGAGAAAAGGAAGGCUGUUUUCCAGUCUUGCAGAUGUAAAAUAAUAUGUACCGCUUUUAUCUUGGUUAUUACGGUAAAUGUCUGACGGAAGGGAGUGGGCGGGGAUAUGUAAAUAACGGAGCUAACGAUUAAGGCUGCAAGCUUGUGAGUGGAGCAUUCUGGGAGGAAUUAGUUUAUCCCUUUUGGCAGCCAAAUAGAAAAAAACAUAUUUUGAAAGAUCUGCAGAUAAAUAUAGAAACAGAAAAGGAAGAAUCUAAAUAAAUUUAGUAGCUUAGGCUAACACGUCAUUUACUCACCCUAUCUUCUAAGAGGAAUCCUUUUCAUGGAGUUCCGAAGGGCCAACGUCGAACGUUUAUCGUCAGGUAGGAUAAUCCUUACCUGUUCCUCCUUCGGGAGGGCAGAUUUGAAUAUGAUGAUCGGAGAUCGCAUGAUACGUGAUUAACGUCUCUGCGUAAUCAGGGCCCGCAACACCCUGAUUGCUCCUAUCUGAUUCUUCCUGACGAUCUUUUCAUCUUUUUUCUUGGUGUUUUUGGGUGUGUUUCUAGUGGUGGUUGUCGUGCUGAGGUGUUCUCGAAGUUUAGUGGGUUUUUUUUCGUGUUUUAGUUAAAACUGUAAUUAAUUUGCUUUUCUGAAAAUUCCGGCGUCUUUGUGUACUUAAAAAUACUUAACAGGACUUGGGGGUCGUUUUGUGUAUUUUUUUGGCUUCCUAUAAAGUGGGCAAUUAUGAUCCUUAUACUUCGUAUGUCACUAUGGCAAAAAGAGCUACCUACUGAAGGUGGUAGCUCCCACCCAGAAAUCUGGCGAACUUGUUCACAGGGAAACAAUACCUUAC